AUGCUCAUACCCACGAUGAAUCGCGAAUCAAUGUCCAGAAAUCGGUUUUCCGAUCACUUACUGACAGUCCCUCACCUUAUGCAGGCCCUCCGUCGGUCCAUCAAGGGCGAAAAGGAUAAUGCCAAAGUCAACAUUGCCCCCAAGUCUGCUGUUGCUAUUGUCCCCCCAAAGAAGGUUAUCCGAGCCCUAUACGAUUAUGAAGCCCAGUCCAACCAAGAGCUGAGCUUUUCGCGCGGCGACUUCUUCCACGUCAUCGGCAGAGAGAACGACCCCGACUGGUACGAAGCCUGCAACCCAGCACUGCCCGACGCCCGCGGCCUCGUACCUGUAGCCUUUUUCCAAGCAUUAGGCCGAACCGAAAGAGAUAGUGGCCAGUCCGACGGUGCUAUGCCCCGGCCACCAACCAUGUCUCCGACAAUUUCCAAGAACCCCGAUCACGAUUCCGGCUAUGCCGAGGCUGCGCCGCCUCCCGGCGCAAUGCAAUCACCACCCGCAACUCAGCCGACGCAGCGUAUGUCUAGGUCCGGCAGCAGGUCCGGCGCGAUGGUCUAUGGUAUCGUCAUGUACGACUUUGUUGCAGAGCGCGCCGACGAGCUGGAGGCUAAGGCUGGUGAGGCCAUCAUCGUCAUUGCUCAAUCAAACCCCGAAUGGUUUGUCGCCAAGCCUAUCGGCAGAUUGGGAGGACCCGGCUUGAUACCCGUAUCUUUUGUCGAAAUACGCGAUAUGGCGACGGACACCGCUGUCGGAGACGCCUCCGGGGCAAUCAAGAAGGCCGGCAUCCCCAAGGUCGAAGAAUGGAAGAAGAUGGCGGCCGACUACAAGAAUAGCAGCAUCACACUGGGCAAGUUCGACAACGGUGCACCGCAACAGGGCUCCAUCGAGCAAGGAAUGGAACGCAUGAGUCUUCAACAAGGCGGGCGCACCAGUUCACAGAACGGUGCCAACUAUCAGCAGCAGCAGCAGCAACAAGCUAGCUACCAGCAAUCACGCAACUCUCAGCAAGCUGCUCAACCCAGUCCUUACGCCAAACCAGCGUCGCAGCUUUACGCUCCCAUCUCAGCCCGUAUUCCGAGGUAUUGUUUUGCGGAAGACAAGUACUGGUUCGUCAUUGAAGCAGUGCUGGAGGAUGGCCGUCACUGGGAAUUGUCCAGAUACUACGAGGACUUCUACGACUUCCAGAUUGCCUUGCUCACCGAGUUCCCGGCCGAGGCAGGAAACACCGGCACGCAAAAGCGUACACUCCCAUACAUGCCUGGUCCGGUAAACUAUGUGACAGAUCAAAUCACGGAAGGCCGGCUACACAACCUAGAUGCCUACGUUAAGAACCUCCUCGCGCAGCCUGCCUACAUUGCAAGAUGUACCCUCGUCAAGCAAUUCUUCGCCCCCAGAGAAGGCGACUACGAGAUGGACCCCAAUGCGCCGAGCGACGAAUACCGACUAUCGGGCGGCUCGCAGCCUUCAUCGAACGAAUCACCAGCAGAUGCGGCUUCACGACAAUCCUCCAAGAAUAACUUGAAUGGCAAUGGUUACGGUGCUCAGCAACGAGCGAUGGGCCAGCCCGGAAUGAACCGGCAGCCGUCAUCUCUGUCGCAGUCACAGCCUUCUCCUGCCAUCGGCCAGGGUCAAGUUCAAGCCAUGAAGAUCAAGCUCUACUUCAACGGCGAUCUCAUCGCGAUCCGGGUUGCGACAGACAUUUCCUUCCAGCAGCUGUACGACAAGAUUGUGGACAGGCUCAAGAUCCCAGUAGGCGAGGAAGUCCAGCUCUUCUACAAGGACGAACCCACCGGCGACAAGCCCAACCUCAUGAGCGACAACGACUUGGACUACGCCUUGCAAAGGAACGAGAAGCUCCUCCUCUACGUCGAGCAGGUCUAA